CGCCGGGCCCGCAGGCGGGGUGCGCCGCUCCUCUUCUGCGAGAGCAGCGGGGGGCCGCGGAGCUGGAGCUGGAGCCGGAGCCCGGGCCGGGGCGGGAGUCGGGGCCGGGGCCGGGCCGGAGCGGGCUCCAGCGAUAUGGGGUCGGCCGACUCUAAGCUGAAUUUCCGAAAGGCGGUGAUCCAGCUCACCACCAAGACGCAGCCUGUGGAAGCCACCGAUGAUGCCUUUUGGGACCAGUUCUGGGCGGACACGGCCACCUCGGUGCAGGAUGUCUUUGCCCUGGUGCCAGCGGCAGAGAUCCGGGCUGUGCGGGAGGAGUCACCCUCCAACCUGGCCACUCUGUGCUACAAGGCCGUGGAGAAGCUGGUGCAGGGAGCGGAGAGCGGCUGCCAUUCGGAGAAGGAGAGGCAGAUCGUUCUGAACUGCAGCCGGCUUCUCACCCGUGUGCUGCCCUACAUCUUUGAGGACCCUGACUGGAGGGGCUUCUUCUGGUCCACAGUGCCCGGGGCAGGGAGAGGAGGGCAGGGAGAGGACGACGACGAGAAUGCCCGGCCCUUGGCUGAGUCCUUGCUUCUGGCCAUCGCUGACCUUCUCUUCUGCCCAGAUUUCACUGUCCAGAGCCACCGCAGGAGCACUGUGGACUCGGCAGAGGAUGUCCACUCUCUGGACAGCUGUGAAUACAUCUGGGAGGCUGGCGUGGGCUUUGCUCACUCUCCCCAGCCCAACUACAUUCAUGACGUGAACCGGAUGGAGCUAUUGAAACUGCUGCUGACAUGCUUCUCUGAGGCCAUGUACCUGCCCCCAGCUCCGGAAAGUGGCAGUACCAACCCGUGGGUGCAGUUCUUUUGUUCCACGGAGAACAGACACGCCCUGCCCCUGUUUACUUCCCUCCUCAACACCGUGUGUGCCUAUGACCCUGUGGGCUACGGGAUCCCCUACAACCACCUGCUCUUCUCCGACUACCGGGAACCCCUGGUGGAGGAGGCUGCCCAGGUGCUCAUUGUCACCUUGGACCAUGACAGUGCCACCAGCGCCAGCCCCACCGUGGACGGCACCACGACAGGCACUGCCAUGGAUGACGCGGACCCUCCAGGACCUGAGAACCUGUUUGUGAACUACCUGUCCCGGAUCCAUCGUGAAGAGGACUUUCAGUUCAUCCUCAAGGGCAUAGCCCGGCUACUCUCCAACCCUCUGCUCCAGACCUAUUUGCCCAACUCCACCAAGAAGAUCCAGUUCCAUCAGGAGCUGCUGGUCCUCUUCUGGAAGCUCUGUGACUUCAAUAAGAAAUUCCUCUUCUUUGUGCUGAAGAGCAGUGAUGUGCUGGACAUCCUGGUCCCCACCCUCUAUUUCCUCAAUGAUGCCCGAGCGGAUCAGUCUCGGGUGGGCCUGAUGCACAUCGGAGUCUUCAUCCUGUUGCUUCUGAGCGGCGAGCGGAACUUUGGGGUGCGGCUCAACAAGCCCUACUCAGUGCGCGUGCCCAUGGACAUCCCGGUCUUUACCGGUACCCACGCAGACCUGCUCAUUGUGGUAUUCCACAAGAUCAUCACCAGCGGUCACCAGCGGCUGCAACCCCUCUUUGAUUGCCUGCUCACCAUCGUGGUCAACGUGUCCCCCUACCUCAAGAGCCUGUCCAUGGUAGCUGCCAAUAAGCUCCUGCACCUGCUGGAGGCCUUCUCCACCACCUGGUUCCUCUUCUCUGCUGCCCAGAACCACCACCUGGUCUUCUUCCUCCUGGAGGCCUUCAACAACAUCAUCCAGUACCAGUUUGAUGACUCCCCCUCCCAGAAACCUGCCCGGCUGGAGGGGGAGGCGAGGGGGCCUCCCCGAGGUGAGGCGUGCUCCCUCUCUACAGGAAACUCCAACCUGGUCUACGCCAUCAUCCGAAAGCGCAGCGUCUUCCACCAGCUGGCCAACCUGCCCACCGACCCGCCUGCCAUCCACAAGGCCUUGCAACGGCGCCGACGGACGGCCGAGCCCUUGUCCCGAACCGGCUCACAAGAGGGCGCCUCCAUGGAGGGCUCCCGCCCUGCCGCCCCCGCCGAGCCCGGCACUCUCAAGACCAGCCUGGUGGCCACCCCAGGCAUUGACAAGCUGACGGAGAAGUCCCAGGUGUCAGAGGAUGGCACCUUGCGAUCCCUGGAGCCCACGUCCCAGCAGAGCUCGGCGGAUGGCAGUCCCACUGCAGAGGAGCCCGGCCAGGCAUGGCGGGAGCAGCGGCGACUGUCCAGCGCGUCGGCCAGUGGGCAGUGGAGCCCAACAUCGGAGUGGGUUCUCUCGUGGAAGUCCAAGCUGCCACUGCAGACAAUCAUGAGGCUGCUUCAGGUGCUGGUUCCCCAGGUGGAGAAGAUCUGCAUUGACAAGGGCCUGACGGACGAGUCAGAGAUCCUGAGGUUCCUGCAGCAUGGCACCCUGGUGGGGCUGCUGCCCGUGCCCCACCCCAUCCUCAUCCGCAAGUACCAGGCCAAUUCGGGCACGGCCAUGUGGUUCCGCACCUACAUGUGGGGCGUCAUCUACCUGAGGAAUGUGGACCCACCUGUCUGGUACGACACGGAUGUGAAGCUGUUUGAGAUCCAGCGGGUGUGAGGCUGGGACCGGGGGAGGGUGGGGGCCCUGGCCCCUUGAUGCUCCCCUGACUCCGUGUUCUGGGCUUUAAAUGACCACAAUCAGAGCUGGGGCUGACAGAGUGGCUGAGUCCUGGGGGGCAGGCUCUAAAGGCCCCUUGUAGCUGGGAUGGUGGGGACAGGCUGUGAUCAAACCCCUUUCCCUGCCCUCCCCCUCCCCAGAGGGGCAUCUGGGUGGCUGUGGACUCACAGGAGCCUCUUGUCUCCAGGGCUUCGGCCCUGGCCAGAGCCCCCGCCUCACUCUGGCUCCCCCUCAAGACCCCUUUUCUGUGCUGCCCACCCCCAGGGGCCACGGUGCCCUAAUGGGCUGCCCUACAGGGAGCUGUGAGCUGUCCCUUAAGGCACCUGGCAGGGACGGGGAGCCUUUCCAAGCCUCCUAACCUGGAACCACCUGGUCCAGGACCAGGCUUGCUGCUGGGGCCCAAAGGAGGAAGGACAGUGUCCGGGUCACUUGAGGAGGAGACCAGGGGCUACUAGACUGCAGAAGCCAGACUGGGGGACCUCCUGCAUUUUAGGGGUUUGCAGUGGGGUGUUGAGGGUCUCCUGCUAUAUUCUCUCUGGUCAAUGGAUGUAGCCUGACUCUCUUAUCCAGUAGGGGCAGAGAAGGGUGGGGAGGGAACCAUUCGAUCCUAACUGCCCCCACCCGCUGCCUGGAUGACUGGGGGGCGGAGGGGGCAGGAUGCCACCCCUCCACCCUUCAGCUCUGGCCUCUGGGUCUCCCUCACCCUAUUUGUGUCAGUACAAUCUUUGCUGUGUACAAUCGGCCUCUUUACACAAUAAACCGUCCUCUCCA